CGCUACUUGGGGCUCGUCGUCAACACUAUCGCUCACUGGCGAUACAAGUCAAUCCCCAUCCCAAAAAGCCCGACUUAUUCCUGCAAAGAUGUCACGAUUAUCCUUCCCACUAUCUCUACCGAUGUCGACGAGCUUCGACAGACGAUACAGAGCAUAUUGACCUGUAACCCGUUCCAGAUAUUACUCGUCACUACAGAGCUUCAAUACACCACUCUUCGGAAGUUUUCCAAAUCAAUAAACGCAAAUAAUCUCAAAGUCCUCAAAGCCCGGGAUGCCAAUAAACGCCUCCAAGUCUGCAAAGCCAUCCCUCUCGUCAAGACCCGUAUUACAGUCAUGGCUGAUGAUGAUGUUACAUGGCCGAGUACUAUCCUUCCUUGGCUAUUAGCACCCUUCGAGAAUGAGAAGAUGGGCGGAGUCGGGACAUGUCAACGAGUAAGACGUCUCGAAACCGGGACAUUUAUGGAGUGGUGUUAUAAUUGGCUAGGUGCUGUAUACAUCGAACGACGCAACUUCGAAAUAUCGGCAACGCACUAUAUCGACGGAGGCACUUCAUGCAUGUCUGGAAGGACAUGUUCUUUCCGAACUGAGAUCUUACAGGAUAAGAACUUCCUGUUAGGAUUCACAACGGAGACAUGGAGAGGGCAUCUCCUCAAUGCUGACGACGAUAACUUUGUCACACGCUGGCUAGUUGCAAAGAAAUGGAAAACCUGGAUUCAGUAUAACCGGGAAUGCGAGAUUGAGACAACUCUUGAGAACAAUCCCAAAUUUCGCUGUCAGUGUAGCAGAUGGGCAAGAAGUAAUUGGAGAAGCAAUUACACAAGUCUAUUUAUAGAAAGACAUAUCUGGCGGCAACAGCCUUGGUCUACUUAUGUUCUACAUCUCUCUAUGUUUACAAAUUUUGCUAUUAUCCGCGAUCCUUUGCUUCUUUGGUCAUGCUAUAAUAGUACUUCAUCCUUUGAAGAUCGUGCAAAGAUAUCUUUACGCGUUGCUUUCUUAAUCUGGUGGCUGGUUACUAAAAACAUCAAAUUGAUCGGGCUUUAUAAGCGCAAUAUUCGGGACCUCCGAUUUAUACCAGUAUCCAUUUUCUUUACCUACUUCCAUAGUUAUAUUAAGGCCCAGGCACUUUUUACUCUGAGCGAGGUAUGA